UAAAGCAUGGAUUAUUAUCCGCCCAAUCAUUUUGCUUAAACACACUAAAGUGCUUCUUGAAAGUUGGCCUAAUAAACUGCACCUCUUUCUGUUUCUGCCUACUUUGCUUCAAAACCAAACAAAUCAAGUGUUAGAGUUCGAGGAGCACAGCCAAGAUCAUGAGUAGUAGCACCAUGCCAAAAAAAUUGUUGCUCACAUCUUUGUGCAUCCUCUUUCUGUCCCUUCCAAUCCACAUGUCACCACCACAUGAUGUCAGAGUCGCACAAAAUUUCAGAACUAGUAGUGGCCACAGGACCAAAGGUGGUGGUGGUGGUUCAUCCAAAGGUUGCCACAACAACAAAUUGGACGCAACACCAACACCAUGUCAAAAUUCAACAACCAUUCAAGCAGUUCCAACUCCAAGUCCAACUUCACCCCCUCUUGUUUUUGCAGACCAAAGACUUGAAGUGGUGUAUCCAAUAAUCCAAAAAUUCAAGUCCCUCAUCACCUCAGAUCCACUAGGAGUGACCAGAACUUGGGUUGGAUCAGAUAUAUGCAGCUACAAGGGCUUCUACUGUGACACCCCACCAGACAACAAUUCUGCCACUGCUUUGGCCUCUAUUGACUUCAAUGGUUUUCAACUAUCUGCUUCCACUCUUGAUGGCUUCAUUGACAACCUCCCUGAUAUUGCUCUCUUCCAUGCAAACUCCAAUAACUUUGGUGGCACAAUCUCACCAAAAAUCUCCAAGCUCCCUUACCUCUAUGAGAUUGAUGUUAGCAACAACCGAUUAACCGGUCCAUUUCCCUCUGCUGUUCUAGGCAUGAGCACUUUAACAUUCUUGGACAUAAGGUUCAAUUUCUUCUCUGGGGCAGUUCCACCACAAGUAUUCACACAGAACCUUCAAGUCCUUUUCAUAAACAACAAUAUUUUCACUCAAGGGUUGCCUGAUGAUUUAGGCUCCACUCAUAUUCUCUUGCUCACUUUGGCAAACAACAAGUUCAUGGGUCCAAUCCCAAGAAGCCUUCCCAAAGCACUAGCCACUCUCACUGAGGUGUUGCUACUCAACAACCAGUUAACCGGCUGCUUGCCCUAUGAGAUUGGUUUUCUUGAAGAGGCCACAGUGUUUGAUGUUGGCAACAACAUGUUGACAGGUCCUUUGCCUUUGUCUCUAAGUUGCCUUGAGAAAGUGGAGGUGCUGAAUUUUGGUGGUAAUCUUUUGUAUGGCAUGGUUCCAGAAGUGGUGUGCGCAGGGUUGGUGAACUUGGUCAACUUUUCAUUAUCAGAUAACUAUUUCACUCAUGUGGGGCCACUGUGUAGGAUGCUGAUUCAGAGAGGGGUUCUUGAUGUUAGGAACAAUUGUGUUCCUGAUCUUCCCUUUCAGAGAUCAGUGGUUGAGUGUGCUGAGUUCUUUGCAACACCAAGGAUGUGUCCAUUCAUGUGGUUUCAUAGUCUCAUCCCUUGUAAGCUUCCAUUUCAACAUUCCAUUCCUUAGGUGCCUAAGGCAUUAUUUGGGUUGCAAUUCUUUUUGUAACUUUCCUUUCUUUACCUUUUCUGUGUAAUGUAUAAUUGGAACUGAACUUUGUGAUGGUCCAUCCAUGUUCUUAUUAAUUGUUUCUAUAUUUCAAGUCAAUGCGUGGAGAUGAUAAAUUAUUA